UGAUUUUUUUUUUUUUAUUGCGAGAGCCCUGGGCACCCACUCCUGGGAGUGCAUUAGAAGGCAGAAGCGGCAGACAGAGAUUGGCCACAGGUGGUCAGCUCCAGCCUUGUGCUGUCGAGCAAGAUGCAUGAACCAGCCUCCCCAUUAACGUCCCGCCAAUGAUGAUUCUUCAUUUGAGUUCUGAAAGUCCCCCAAUGUGCACCUUAUGGACGCCAGGCUCACCCCCACUUGGCUGGAGUCAGAUGGGAGGGGGUGUCCAGUGUCCUCACCUCUGGAUGACCCACCACGCGGACCGUCCACGCCGUGGCUGCAGGACCUCGUUCUGCCCACGGAGUUCCUGACCAGCCAGAACAUCUUCCAGCCGAGCUCCUCAUCAUCAGUGUGAAAGCAAAAGUGAACUUGCUUUUUUGUCAUGGGUAAGCUCUGUACAUGAGCCAUGACGGCACGGCCCUUCUGCUCACCCUGUCGUGUGUCUGUGCCACCAUGUGGACGGCGUGUCUGCCCUGGGCGUCUGCAGCCCUCUUCCUGCUGGCCGACGUGAUCGUUUCCGAGGACUCGGCACCGGAGACAGCAUUGCACCCUCAGAUCAUCAACUUUAAUUUUGAAGUUGUGCAGGUUACGUGGAAUGCAAGCAAAUACCCUGGGACAAACUUGACUUUCCUCUACAAAUUAAGCAGUGAUGAGACCAGUAGCCAAUGCUCCAACUAUAUUCUUCAACAAAGUCACACUGCUGGAUGCUUCCUGGAGGCAAAAAAGGAUGAAAUUCUGUGCUUUUCCAUCGGAAAUGGAACACAUCUCCUUCUCACUAAGUGCCAGUGGAUCAGCGCUUACUUGAAACCCAGCUCUCCGAAAGACUUGAACUUCCAGUGGCAUCGGGAAGCCAUUACGGUGACCUGCUCUGAUCUGCCCUACAAGCGUCUCCUCUAUGAAAUCCAGUACAAGAGUGCGUUUGACACUGAGUGGCAGUCCAAGGAGGGAGAAACCUGCAAUAUUACGACAGAUGGCUUGGAUGCUGAGAAAUGUUAUUUCUUCCGGGCCAGAGUGAAGACAAUGGAGUCCAGCUACGGCCCUGACACAUACCCGAGUGACUGGUCAGAGGUGACACACCAGCAGAGGGGAGAGCUGAGAGAUUCGUGCCAGGAGAAAAAGCUUUUCCCAAAGUUCAUUUUAAUUUCUGGCAUGGUUGCCUUGCUGACCGUGUUCCUUCUUCUGUCUUUAUGGAAAGUACGGAGAGUUAAGACGCUCCUCAUACCCACCGUGCCCGAUCCCAAAUUCACCUUCCCUGGGCUCUUUGAAUCCCACCAGGGUAACUUCCAGGAGUGGAUCAAAGACACGCAGCACGUGGCCCACGUGCAUAAGCUGGAGGCUGCAGAGCAGGAGUGCGUCCCGGAAGAUGCCCUAGUGGUCCACCUGGUCAAGAACGAAGCCGAGACGCCCAUCGUGACGACCAGCUCUUUGUGCCCACAGACAGAGGAGGAAGAGGCCUCCGGGGACCCCAGUCAGCUCCCUUGCCAGCCCACGCAUGGCGGCGAGAUGGUCUCUCUUGGGGGUUUUAUGUUUGUGAUGAGUGACAACUCAUACAUAACGUUAUGAGGGGGCGCAAACUCAAAGCCAAAAUUGGGGUCUAUGUGGACGUUAUGGGAUUGAGGGGGAGCAUCUCAGGGAUUCAACACCAUGGUAAAGAGAACACCAACGAUGCCGGUGUCUGGGGGGGGUCACUGAAGACCCCAAAUGCCGAGCCCGUGCAUGCCCUGGGUUAGCUGUCGUGCCCCGGACAUUGGUAUUCAAGGGCUUGAAGGCAGAUUCACUGUAGAUGGGAUACAGUGUAUUGGAGUGUUUCUUGCUUUCAGCUCCCAUCUCCUCGUUGCUGGUGUUUUCCCAUAAAUCAUAAGGAACGAUGACCGGGGUGCCCUGAAACCAUCUUCCUCUGUGCAUGUCACCCACGUCAUGCCCUGACAUCAUUUGCAUUCACGAGCGGUUUCUCUGCUCUUUCGUUACGAGGCACACUACCCAGCAAACAGAGCUCGCUGCUCCUGGGUGGGAAAGGAAUCCUUCCCUUUACAGAUGCGAACCAGCCACCCAGCUCUUGGGUGUCGCUCUCUGUGACAGAAAAACACCCGCUUUUCAACCACUGGGGGCGCUGUCUUCACGAGACUCCGUUCUUCUUGGCAUCCACACUGUGGCAUUAACCCCAGAGACGGCGAAUGUUGCAAUGUCGUGCGCGGUCACCCUAAGCAUUUUUCCCUUGAGUGCGUAUCACGUUUUAUUUUGUGGAUGGGAAUAAAGAGA